UCAAGGAAUCAAAAUCUGUCAAUGUUAAAAAAUCUAUUCACUAUCGGCGACUUAAACGGUUCGAUAUCGUUAAAAUUGGCGCAGAAGAAAAGCUGAUUGCUCCGAUGAAUAGUGACUCCGAAGAAAUGCGUUACUAUGUUCGCUAUAAUGAAUUAUAUGACAUUAUUCAUGAAGCACAUAUUGCAACAGGUCGUGGAGGUAGAAAUCGUAUUGUGUAUGCUGUGAACAACCAUUUGACUAAAUUUGUGAUUUUACGACCACUUAAAUUUAAACGGGCUGAAGUUGCAUACUGCUUACUCGAUAUUUUCACUCUUUUCGGUGCACCAAAUAUACUCCACUCGGACAACGGGAGAGAAUUUGUAAAUGCUGUUAUUACAAAUCUAUGUAGUAUGUGGCCUGAAGUGAAAAUAGUUCACGGAAAAGCUCGCCAUAGUCAAUCUCAAGGUUCUGUGGAGCGUGCCAAUCAAGAUAUAGAAAGAAUUAAACGAUCUCCAUAUGAAGCCAUGUUUGGUAUUAAAAUGAAAAUGGAAUUAGCUAAUUCAAUUAUUCCAAAAAAUGUAUUGCCAGGACUGCAAACAGAAGAGGAUUUAGAGGCAGCGCUUACAGAACCAAUAUUUGAAAAUGAAGAAGUUGAAAUAAACAAGGAUGAUGAAACUUUAGCAAAUGAAAAUUUAGAAAUAAGGGACGUAGAAAAUGUAAUACCGGUGAGGACACAAAAAAUUAAUCAACAUCGAGAAGAAUCACACAUUGGACUUCAAAAACAAGCCAGAAAAAUGAAGGAAAUGUCAAACAAGCAAAUGCCAACUAUAUUAAUUAGACAAACCGUCAAGGUUAAAAUUCCGGAAGUCGAUCGAAGUAAAGUUGAUGCCCGCACAUUACUGGCUGUGGUGUUAAAAGUUGUGGAUGGAGAAUUUUAUCGCCUGG